UCCCUCAGUAGCGGCCGCGCCGCCUCGCCGCUCACACUGCCAGUGGCCUGCGCUGCGCUGCGCUCCGCCGCGCCACGCCACGCGCCAAGUCCGAGCAGCUCGCGACGCGCCGGCUCCCGUUCCGUACCGCAGAGUUCCGUAUACCGGUCUCAUCCGCCGUGCGUCUCGCCACACUUGUUCGGUGCCAAGCGUUGGGACGAUUCCCUGUCCCUCGCCCGUCCAUUGUUACCUGACGCGGGGGCAGUGAGUGUCGCUCGGUUUGCGCGAUGGGGGCCAUGGAGGAGGAGCCACCCCCGGCGGCGGUCACCAGCCCCGACUCGGAGGCGGCACUGACUUCGCCUGCGCCCUCACCUGCUGUCGUCGUUACGACCACAGCUGUCCCUGACUGGUCCACCACAGACUUCAGCGGGCUCCUCUACACUGCAGCCACCGCCGGCGAGGACAUCAAUUCCUUCUACUUCUAUCAGGUAACUGCAGUGGUGCACGCUGGAGGUAAUUCGAUGUGGCUUGCGCUGGGCGUCACUGAUGACUACUUGUCAACUGUUCUGUCCUGAGCUGUCCAAUUAUGACCCUCAGCAGGUGGCGGAAGACGGAGCAGCUGACGGUGCUGUGGAUCCUUUUCGCUCUGAUCGUGCUCGGCAAUUCGGCCGUGCUCAUAGCGCUCUACCUCAACAAGAACCGGAAAUCCCGCAUGAACUUCUUUAUCAUGCAACUGGCUUUAGCAGACCUGACGGUCGGCCUCAUCAACGUGUUGACGGACAUCGUGACGAGGAUCACCAUUGUGUGGUACGCGGGCAACGUGGCCUGCAAGAUCGUACGCUUCCUGCAGGCAGUCGUUACGUACUCGUCGACCUACAUGUUGGUGGCACUGAGCAUUGACCGCUACGACGCAAUCACGCACCCCAUGAACUUCUCAGGAAGCUGGAGGCGGGCACGAGCGCUCGUGGUGACAGCCUGGGGUCUCAGCUUCCUGUUCUCCAUACCCAGCAUGAUCUUUUUCGAGGAGCAGCCCAUCCAAGGACACGCGCAGUGCUGGAUCGACUUCCCGCACAACUGGCAGUGGCAGGUCUACAUGACGCUGGUGGCGGUGGCGCUGUUCAUCGUGCCCACGGUGAUCAUCUCGGCGUGCUACGCCGUCAUCGUGUUCACCAUCUGGAGCAAGAGCAAGCUGCUGGCGCCCAGCGUGCGGCCGUCCAGGUACUCCGCCAGCCGUGGCAACAGCCGUGCGGGCAGCGGCGUCAGCAGGGGUCCGGCGCCGAGCUUCUCGGACGACCAGGACUGCCGGCGCGCCAGCUCGCGGGGACUCAUACCCCGGGCCAAGAUCAAGACCGUCAAGAUGACGUUCGUCAUCGUCUUCGUGUUCGUGCUGUGCUGGAGCCCGUACUUCGUGUUCGACCUGCUGCAGGUGUUCGGCCACGUGCCGAGGACGCAGACGAUGGUGGCGCUGGCGACAUUCAUACAGAGUCUGGCGCCGCUCAACAGCGCAGCCAACCCGGUCAUCUACUGCGUCUUCUCCACGCAGAUAUGCCGCACCCUCAGGAAGCUGCCGCCGCUGCGCUGGCUCUCGGUGUGCUUCCCACGGCAGGCCGGCCGCGAUGGACGGCGCAUCCGCUACGACACCACCUCCACCGUCACCGAGACGCUCACCCAGCCGUCGUCGCGACGCCGCACCUCCGCCUCCGUCGUCUUCCGCCCGCACGACGCCACCGUCUCCGUCAGGCUUCUGCCCGCCUCUGGCCGCCGCUUCUCCAACUACGGCAACAGCGCCGCGAGCGCUACCAGUGUUGCCACGUCGGCCGUCUGACGCAGCUCGCAGCGGUUUCCCGCAGUGCACCGCUUCGCAACUACCACCACCGUAGUCUUCCGGCCAUUCGACGCCGCUUCCGUGGCCAACACCAUUCCCAGGAUGCGUCGGCUUUCCACUUUCGGCAGCAGUGCUCGCGACGACGAUGUUACGACGUCAGCCGUUUAACGACUAUUACUGUCGAGUUGGUUAGCUCUGUGUUCUGGCCAUCUGUCUUUCGUGAACCCCAGUGUAACGUUUUUAUGUUACUUGUGUGUGUCACAUUAUCUCCGCUCGUCACUAGCCACCAGCCAUGCCAACAGCGGCCAACAAGAAUGUGUCUUUUGUAACGGUGCUGUUGACAACGGUGACAGCGACUUCAGCAGGUCCAGAACGUCCUUGUCUAGAGUUAAAUCCAACUUGUAAAUAAUCACCAAGUUUCUGUGUGCCUCCAGAUUUUUAGGUACAUUGCAUCAUCACCACUGGAGUCCUACAACCGAUAUAGAACUCCUCCAUAUUUUGGGAGCUACACAGUGACUGCUAGCGACAUUGGUCGAAAAAUUGUAUCAGUUAAAGAUAUCUCCACUGACUUGUCAUCACUGCUCCAACCUUCAUGCUAUAUUAUGUCACUGUUAAUUUUUAUGCAUUGGCAGAUACAUGUGUCCAUUCAGACUUGAGCAGUGCUCUUCGUUAUAGCGAGACCGUUUGAAUGAUCACCAAAUUCACAUGGACCACCUUAGUACCUGUCCACAUGUUGUACCUGCUGUAGCUUAGACCCAGUACGUUGUGAUGCUGUUCCAGUCUUGAUGGGAAGUGGACGCUGAUAUAAGAUAUUUGGUCAUUAACUUGAACCAAAAGAUCCAGGAACUUAAGUCAAUCAACUGAUGAAGUGUCAAGUGAAGACUGAGUGUUUACUAGUGCAAAAACACUUCUGAGAAUAUUUGUUAAAUAUAAUAGAUGUGCAUUUAUCUGCGACAUGCCCACAGGUAUGGACGAAAUGUGGGCCAAAACAUCUCUGAUGUAUCAGCUCAUUCAGGCUGUUGAUUCAUCGUGACCAAGAUGUCAUUUGAAGUCUGUAAUAUAUAAACUAGUCCAAAUCGUAUGGUGCACACACCCAGACAGCACACGCUAUCACUGGAAAUUUUCCCACCGUUGUAAAUCGCAAAUUUUUGUCUAUUUGCGAGACAUACUUGCUGCAAGAAACUUUAUUCCUUGUAGUUCGGCUUGCAGUUAACAAAUCUGCAGACGUGAGAACGCUUCUUAUAUAUAAACUUGGAACAUAUUCAUCGUCUAUUUCUCAAGUACUCACCAGUUAAUGACAGUGAAAUUUAUAACCUCUGCUUUGAUAUUUGUUGAAAACUUUGCUGUACAACUUAAUUACAGUUAGUGAACCCUAAUGUGAAUGACACUGUACUAAAGGGAAAAAGUUUGCAGGAGCUAUGUAUGGGAAAAUAACAGAAAACAAGAAAGUAGGCGGAACACCUUCACUAGCUUGUAUAGUCUAAGGAAACUGAGAAUGCAGUAUGUAGGAAAGUUAAAGAACUGAGUUUUAAUGUUUGUGUAAGAUCUUGAUAGGUGAAGAACGAUGGUGAGGUACUUGACAAUCUGUAAUUUGACAAAAAUAAAACUCUCAUGUGUUGGUUGUCACAUGCUUUAGUUCCUGUGAUAAUGUAGCGUUAUUUUUCAGUGUGUCUAAAUUUUAUCCGUGAUUAUCCUAGCAAAGACAGCACUUCACAUAUCAGGUAAUCGAAUGUCGCUUGAACAUUGCUUUUAUAGCAUCUGUGUGACUGAA